UCUCUAAACCAACAAUCAUAGAUUAGUCAUUGUUGGUUGCAGUUUAGGGGAGCAGACACUCAGAGGUGGCAGAUGGAGUGAACAGUGUUCGGAUGUAGCAGAAACAUUACUGGUAAAAAACUGGUGACUGAAUUUGGAUACAUUUGGAAAUUGAAGAGAUGAAACUACAGGCCAAACUUUGUCUCUUGCUGCAGCUCAUUUUUGAGCUUUCUUCAUGCACACAUGUCCGGGUGAUUCCUGGUUCCACUCUGGAGCUGCCCUGUUUCUCAUUUCAGACUGAGUUCAAUGAAGCGGCCCCCAUCUGGAAAUUCAAUGGUAAUGAUGUAAGUGCUCAGUCGCCUGGCUCAGCUAAAGUUAAAAAGAAUGGCCGGUAUCUCUCUAUAUCCCCGGUAACUGCUGCCAAUGAGGGCGAGUACGUGUGUUUGUUUAUGCAGGAAAAUAUGGAGUUGAUCAGGACAUAUAACAUUACAGUUGAUGCAGUAAUUGGCUAUACCAUUAAGGUCAACUUUGGAACCAACGUUAAACUCCCUUGCCAUUUCCCACCUUCCAGCCAAAUCACGGCCAAUGCACUUUGGUUCAAAGAGACAGAUGUUGGCGAGAGGACACAGCUGAAUCUUGGAGACGAGUCAACAGUGGAUGAUAACAGAGUGGGCCUGAUUUAUCCAUUUGACCAUGAUCAGACCAUCGUACUCAGAAAUACCGUCUUGGAGGAUGCUGGAAUUUACAAUUGUGAAUCUGUUGAUGGGGAGAAGCUGAGCACUGUAUACAUUAUUGUUGAUGCUGCUUCCACCCCUGCUCCACACACGUGCAGCAACUUCACCACAGCAUGGGAGCCCUGCCUGGAAGAGAACAGUCGCACAGCUGAACCCACGAUGCAGGAAUCCAUAACAGACUUUUCCAUAAAGCUGUAUUCUUACCUCAGAGAAUCAAAUCCCUUUAGCAACUUGCUCUUCUCUCCCAUCAGUAUCAGCGGUGCACUAUCCCAUUUGCUGUUAGGUGCAAGGGGGCCCACCCGCAAAGCCAUUGAGACAGCUGUAUGCUUACCUAAUGGCUUCAGCUGUGUUCACUUCCAGAUGAAAAAGCUGAGAGAGAAGUUGGCCAGCUCCUUGCAGAUGGCUUCUCAGAUCUACUACAAUCCACAAAUGAAUCUGAGUGAGUCCUUUACUAAACAGUCCAUUGAGUUCUACGAAGCUGAGCCCACCAGGCUGCUGGAAACCAGCGAAGAAAGCACACAGAUGAUCAAUAGCUGGGUGGCAAACAAGACCAACAAUAAAAUCAAGCACUUAGUUGACUCUGUGUCACCCAGUACACAGAUGAUGCUGCUCAAUGCCGUCUCCUUUAGUGGUCAGUGGAAGGUCAAGUUUGAUCAGAAACCCAAAAAAGGACAUUUCACAAAAUUGGGCGGUGAUAUGGUUACGGUGCCGCUCCUCUAUCACCAGAAAUACAUGGUGGCUAUGACCUACGUGGUUGAGUUAAAGGCACAGGUGGCGAGGUUUGCUCUCACAGGUGACAGCAGUCUUUACGUCCUGCUGCCUCGCUCCAACACAGCGACUGACCUGCAGCAGGUGGAGCAGAUGAUGACGUAUGGAGCUGUGCGUCACAUGAUAGAAAAAAUGAAAACAACAUCUUCUCAGCAUGUAGAGGUCACUCUGCCACAAAUCAAGCUGGACUUUCAGCCAGACAUGAACAUACUUAUCAAGAAAUUUGGAUUGUCGUCACUCUUCGAGGAUGCCAACCUGUGUGGCCUCUUCUCCGAAGAGAAGGUGCUUCUGGACGAUGCCAGACACAGAGCCUUCCUCGCACUGUCCGAGCAAGGAGUAGAGGCCGGAGCCGUCACCUCUAUGUCGUUCUCUCGCUCCUUUCCUUCCUUCACUGCCCUGCGACCUUUUAUCAUGCUGCUGUGGAGUGACCAGGCCAAUGUGCCACUCUUUAUUGGGAGAGUGACAGACCCGUGAGAGAAAGAAGGGGGUAGACAGACAGACACGGAGAGGAGUGGAAAUGUAACAGAGGCAAAUGGGCAGGAAAAUAAACAAAGAUAUCGUAAAUAAAGGCUGUCUGAUAGCAAGUGAAAUCUUUUAAUUAUCUUGCAAUGCUUUUUCUGAAAAUUCAGUUGCUUUUUAAACACAACCUAAAUUCUGCAUCAGUGUUGCUUAGAGUAGGAGCGACCCUCAGAAACAUAUAUACAGACCUGCAUGUGUACUGCUUUCAAAGAUGACAAUGAAUAAACACCACACAUAUGCUGAAUGUCAUGUGUUUUGAAGAACUAA